AUGCUACUGGAUACCACCGUCGACUCCAACCAGAGCAGCGUGGACGAGUUCUCCAAUGGAGUCAACCCAACAAUCGCCGCAGCCCUUACCAUCGUCCGGAUUUGCCUGACGGUGUGUGGGCUUGUGACGAACACGGUCACGGGUGUGGUGCUGACAAACAGGAAGUUGUGGAGCCCCACCUCCAUGCUGCUAUUGUCCUUGGUGGCCUAUGACGCCGUGUUUCUUCUGGCGUCUAUCCCGCCGUGUCUCAUGGACGUCACGAAGAACGCCGAGGCGUUCGCCAUCUUGCUUGGCGUCUGUUACCCGCUGAGGUACAUGGCUCAGACGGGGUCAAUCUACACAACAGUUACAGUGACCAUAGAGAGAUGUUUAAUUGUGAUACGACCCUUAAGAGCACGAUCCUUCUGCACUUUCGGGAAGACCCGUAAAGUCAUUCUGGGGGUUUUCCUCUUCUCUCUAAUUUUCAACAUUCCGCGUUGUUUCUUUUAUAAACUGUUCACACAGGCUAUGGUAAGCAAUAAUUCAAAUUUUGCCGGAAAUAGCACGUGGCUACAUGCAUUUUCAGCCAACCAAUCAUCGAAUGUCAUUCCAGAACUCUCUAACACAUCAGACCAAUCAGGAUUCAGCAAUCAUAGUUCUCAACCAGUCAGCAACCAGAACGCGGAUUGGGCGUAUUAUGCGUGGUUAUAUUUGAGAGUGUAUGAAUUGUAUGUCAGCAGCGCCUUCUUCUACUUCCUGCCUUAUACGCUUAUUCUCAUCCUCAACAUGCAGCUGCUGUUGGCGAUAAAGAAAAGAAGAAAAGAAACGAGACGAAUCAGCGUGAAGAAUGAACAUCAGGUAAACUACACUAAACCAACCGACCUUGAAGACGGUCUGACUUUGAUCGUUCUUGGCAUCACAGUGUGCUUCUUCUUCUGCUGCCUCACCCCAGCCAUCUACAACGUGACGCAAAUAGCCGAGGUGUCAAACACAGAACUGUCCCAACAUCUACUGACCGCCAGUGACACCAUGCUGUGUAUCAACGCUAGUAUGGACUUUUUCUUCUACUGUCUCCUGGGCAGGAAGUUCAGGAACAUAUUCCUUCAUCUGUUCUGUCGGCGGCCGUAUCUAAGGAGCACUUACAGUAUGUCGAGUAGCCAUUGCAAGGCUGGGCAUAGUAUAAGUGAGACGUUGUAUCAUUCGGUGUAG